CUCUAGUGUUGUGCCUACAUUCACGAACAUGAUACUUUUGAGAAACUUGGCUGUGCUAACUCUAGUGGCUGUAUCAUUUGCUCAAGACGAUUACUAUGACGAUGAACCUCAACCUCCGCCUAGAGCCAGACCUGCACCUGCUAGAGUACAGCCUGGUUACUCAGGACCGGCUGCACCCAGACCGACACCGGUAGCGAUUCUAAAACAGAUCAAUAGGCACAAUGAAGAUGGGUCGUAUACAUAUGGUUAUGAGUCAGGCGAUGGCACAUUCAAAAUUGAAACAAAAUUACCUACGGGAGAAGUAAAAGGGAAAUAUGGUUACGUUGACGAUACCGGAAAGGUACGUGUUGUGGAAUAUGGAGCAACGAAAUAUGGUUUUGAUCCCAGUGGGGAAGGAAUUACAGUACCACCACCUACAUUAGUAGACGAAUCUAGAGAAGAAGAACAACAAGAAGAUAUCUACCAACAACAACCUCAGCCGCGACCACAAGUUCCCGUGAGAAGGCCUCAAGCUGUGAGACCAAGACCUCAACCUCAACCACAAAUUGACCUCGAUGAGUACUCUCCUCCACAACAAUUCCAACCUGCACAAGCUCCACAACGUCAAGCACCGCCUCAAUCAUCUUUCGAUUUCGACUUCGGACCUCCGUCUCGUCCAGCUCCGGCACCGGCUCGGUAUGCUCCUGCUCCAAGACCGAGACCAUUGCAAAUUCCAGGUGCUCAACCAGCUCCGGUAGAUGAAGGUUUCGGUCCUGGACCCGCUCCAAGACCAUCUCCAAGGAUAACGUACGCCCAGCCAGCUCCUCCACCGCAAAGGCCAGCUCAUUUGGAUUUCGAUGUUCCUUCGAGGCCUGCACCAAGAUUUUCGCCAGCACCUAGACCCGCUCCUGUCUACCAACCCAGGCCCGCUCCCAGCAUCCCAGUGGCGGGGAGAUCCGGUGGGAUUUUGGAUCAGCUGAGCAAAGAUUACGCGCUGCCCUCAGAUGGAGCUGCUCCACUCCACGAUAUUAGUUUCGGUUACUAUUAGAAAAUGUAGGAAUUUUUAAUUUUUAGAAAACGUCAAAUCUGUCGACUAUGGUUUUACGUUCAUAUUUAAUCAAAAUUAAUUGUUAUUUAUUGUUGUUGUGUGAAAAAUCGAUUGAGAAUUCUCGCUGGACAGUUUUUUUUUUAUUUUCAAUAAAUUUAUUUUCACUUUGGGGGUUUGAAGAUAGUUUUAAUUAUUUUGUAGGAAUGAUUUUCAAAAAUUGAUUUGAGUAUUUCUAAAGACUUUAUAAUGUGAUUGACGUAAAAUAGUUCUUGUGCUGUAAAUGACAGAUUUUUAUAUUUGAACGUACAACUAUAGUGUAUAAUGUAUAAAAGACAUAUAAGUGAGGUCAUUGAAGUUUUUUGUUUAUUAUUAAUACAACCGAAAACUACUUAUUUCUCCAUUGCAAAGUUUUUAUUUUGCCUAUCUGAUCAAAUUUUAUCAAAUAAAAUAUCUUUCUCUGGUUAGGUAUGUACUGUGGAUUGUUUUUGUCCACUUUCAAUAUUGGAAUAUUUUUCUUUUUUUUUUUAACUUUGGUAUAUUGUUAAGUAACCUGAUAUUUUCAAAACCAUUCGAAAUUCCAGAAUCUGUGGACUUGGAAAAUAUUAACGGUUUUAGCAUGUUCUCUUUAUAUCAUCUGGUGUAGGUUAUACGAAUGUAAGGUGCCAAAUAUGUCAAAUUGGAUGAUGUUCAAAUAGCGUAAUGGGGUAUAUUUUUCUCUUGGCAUUUUCAAAACUGCUUUUUAAUGUUUCUAGUAUUGAAAUUCAUUCUUUCAACAGACAAAAUAAAAUAGGUUAAUUAAUUUUUGAGAAAUCGUGCUAGAUGUCUCAAAAACUGUAAACAGUAUAAUUAAAAAUUAAAAAUUCAUCUUUUGGAAAAUUGACAGGCAAGUAAAUUUUCGACCAUUAUUGGAUAUGAAUCUAUUCUUUUCUUUAUCUAUCAUUUUUAUUCACGUUCUUUUUAAUUAAAUGCCUCUAAACUAUUAAUAAUGUGUUAUUACUUAAAGUAAACUAUAAAAUGUUUGCUUAUUUGUGUUAUUUUAAUAUUCAAGAUUUGUAAAUGCUUCUACUGUAUUUACAUUAUUAUUUUAGUAAAUAAUUAGUUAAACCGUAGUUAUAAAUAUCACUGGUGUAGGUACCUUAAAAUACUCUUAUAAUAUUAGGUGUAGAAUAUAAAAGUUUUUUUUAUUCCUUUCAUACAUCUUCCCUUUUCUGUUAUUUUAUUUCAAAUUUUUUUGACUAUUGUUAUUAUCGUUAUUAUUAUAUUAUAAUCAUAUUAUUUACCUGGUGUUGUGAUAUACUAAGCAUGUUUUUCUACUACUCUAAUACAUAUUUUUCUUUACUUUAUUUUUCGUUCUUAUUUCUAUUUAAAAGAACGUUUUUUUUUGUUUUAUUUUAGCAGAUGUAUUUAACCCUGUGAUUAAUAAUAUUACUAAUAUCAUUGCAUGCAUGUAAAUAUUCACUAACGUAGUUUUUAUUAUAAUAAUUGUUCCUUAUUCUCUUUCUUGUUUUCUCAUAUUUUAAUAAAACUUAUUUCUUUUCUUUUUAAUUUUUUAAAUUCAUUUAGUAGUUGCUCUUCUUAAUGUACCGUUUCCUAAAUCUUCUAAAUUUAACUGUUAUUUUACAUCUUUCAUUCUCUAAUUUAAUUCAUUCAGUAUAUUUUCUAUUUUUCUUACAUUUCUACUUCUUGUUUUUUACUUCAACUUUAAGUAAGUUAAAAAAAAACGUUAAUUAAUUUGUUUUUUAAUAUCCUUAAGUACAUUUUGAUUUGCUGCUUUUAUUUAAAUUUUCUUAUAUUUUACUUCUUAUCAUCGGAAUCCAGAGGGGGACAGGUGGCGGUUUCCCACCCUCGUCUUUUCAUUCGGUUAAUUCACUAUUAUUAUCUUUGUAGGGGAGACUGGGGUAUAAUGAUCCCCUUGAAGCUAAUUUCGUUAUAUUUCUAGUAAAGGGAUAUAAAUUUAUUUGCCUCUUCUAGAGGAUUUAAUGUCCAUUUGACAAAUAUAUUAGUAAUAAGUUAUUACAUUAGUUUUCAAAUGAUUCACAUUGUUUUACUCAAUUAAAAAACUAUAAACCUGAUGAUAUUUUCAUAUACUAAACAAAGUAAAAUGGUCUUUUUAUUUAGCAUCACAAAAGCUAUAAAAAAAUACAGUUAAAAUCCAGGUCCGAAUUUAAAUAAAAAAUAACUUGAAGGUGGUCCUUGAAAUACAAAAACAUUGUAAUGAAAUUGUUCGUAUUUCAUGAUAUGAAACCUCGUUUUUAAUAAAAACUUCGAAUAUUUUUUUUGUCUUUUAUAAUAAUAACGCUAAAAAUUCAAAGCAAAAAUGAGCUGCUACGAAUUUCGUCGAAUACCUUCGAAAUUAGCCGGAAAUGCCAAAAUUUGUAUGGACCAUUGAAUUACCAAUAAAAAUAUGGAACAUUUUACUUAUUCAACCAACAUUGUAUAUCUUGCUCUUAACGAGAUCUAUUUAUAUAAGUAUAUUUCGUCUUAUUGCAAUUUGCCCGAGAAACAUUUAAUAAUGUUCCAAUAUUUUAAUUUGAAACCACUCAUAAAUGUUCGCUUUAAAUAAUCGUUACUUUAUAACUACUGCAAUAAUUGCAUAUUAACAUUUUUUUCUUGUAAAUGAAUAACAAUGACCAAUGACCUCCUUAUAAUUGUGGGUGGAGUAGAAACUAGUCUUGAUAUAAUCAUUAUUAUCGGAGCGUUUUAAAUCAAAAAGUUGAUAUUCAACAAUCUACCAACCUACUGCGAAACCGUGUAUGAAUGUGCCUUUAGUUGAAUAAGCAUGUACCACAGUGGCGUGCUUCGGGUAAUUCAAUGGGAGAAGUAAUGUAUUAUACAUAUUUGCCGUAUGGAUUUUGUCUAUUAAAAAACGGAGAUGUAUUUAUAAAUUUACUACCCGAGCCUUAUUAAAUAUUUAAAAGAAUAAAAUAUAUGUCUGGUUGGGUGUUAAAUAGGAUACCUACCCUUUUACUUCUCCCAUAACACGCGCCUGUACCUCGACUGUAUAUAUUAAAUAUGUUUGUGUACACUGCUUUAUUUCUUUGAAUUAUGUUAUUACUUGAUGUUUUGUAAUUAUAUAGUUUUCAUGAAUAUA